GAGAACACCAACAAGCAAAGGCAGCAGAGAGAAGUGGAUUGGGAGAGGGAGAAGGAGAGAAGCCAGCAGUGUGAGACAGGGUAAAAUAAAGAGAGAAGAAGAGACAAAACAGAGAGAAAUAGGGUAGUAGAUAUAGCGGUAGAGAUGGAGGUUCAAACAGAAUGCAGUGAACCACCUCCAUUUGACCCCCAGCCAACGGGAAAGCUCAACAAAACUGCCUUCAAGCUGUUCAGCAGGCGCAAGUCCGGCAGCAGCAUGCCGAGCAUCUUCUCAGUCAGGAACAAAGGAGAGUCCACCGGUAAAGCUGCUGGCAAGCCGCUGGAGCUCGUUAGGAGCAAAACUCAUGAUGGCUUAAUAACAGACACUCCCUCAGAGUUUGACGGCCACAGGAAAGAGGAGUCUGCCAGUGCUGACCAGCUCCACGCCAGCACACCAGAUGGUGUGUCCACCGCCCCCCUCCGCAGCUCUGUCACCAAGUCUUUCAGCUUCUUCUCUUUGCUACGCAGAAGCAGCAGCCGUGCAGGGGAAGGAACCUCUACGGUGGGACGGCGGGGACGUGGACUCAAGGGGCUGUUCAGCAGCAUGCGUUGGCGACGGAAACCCCAGGCUCAUGAGGACUCAGGUGAGGUGCAAGAGGUGGCCAAGGAGGUGAAGGAAGGAGAUCUAAUACUUUCCUCUGACAACAUGACAGAGAAGGAGGACAUAACUCUCACUCUUGAGCCCUUACCACAAGUUUUUGAGGACAGUCCUCUCCCAGGGGAUGCAGGAAAUUGGAAGGGAAUAUCUAUGCAGGAAUUACAAGGUACUAAUGAAGUGGAGUGCGACAAGUGUGUUCCUCCUCUUUCAUCACAACAUAUAGUCACUGAGGACUCUCCAGCUCCUUCUCCACUCCAGACAGGGGGGCUCCAACAUGAUAAACACAGUGGUUCCACACACCUGUCUUCCAUUACAACCUGUGAAUUGACCCCUCCAAUGGAGCACAGCACAGCUGACCCACCAUCUGAACAGUCUGUGGAUCGCUUAUGCUCCAUGUUCACCGAUGUUACUUCUCUAAAAAGUUUUGAUUCCCUAACAGGCUGUGGUGAUAUCAUCGCUGACCCAGAAGAGGAUUCUGGGAACGGGGGAAGUGCCACGAGCAGUGGAACGGGUAGCAGUAGUGGGGGCUGUAUGGGUCACAGGCUAAGUGGAGCCGGGACAAACUCUGAGAGAUGCUCACCUGCCAAGCCUCCACUUCCUCCUCAGGUUAGUAGUCUUGCAUCCAUUAAAGCCUCUUGCUACAUGCCAGCCCACCAAAGAGCAUGUCUAGCUCCUAAGAAGCCACAGGGUAGUGGGGUUGUUGCCUACAUGGGUGGAGGGGAGGAGAUGGCCAGUCCUGAGGGUGUAGAUGAUGCAGACAUGCAGGGGUUAUGGCACAUGUUGCCCCAGAGGGGUGAAGACUCCCCAGCUCCACAUCGUGCGGAGCCUGGGCUUCAUCAAGUGCAGACCAAGCUCGAGAAGAGACCGCCUCCAGUGAAGGGACUUCAGGGCCUCAGUAAGAUACCUGUGAGUGGAAGUAGCAAAAUGGGGAAGCAGCUACCCACACGUCCUUCCCCGCUACCUGUCGAUAAAGAACUCCAGGACGCCCCACCUAGUGAUGAAGGUUACUGGGACUCUCCCACACCUGGACCAGAGGAUGAGGACAGCAGCUUCCUUCGUUGUGACGGCCUACUGAAGGACAGCUGCUCUGGUGAUGCUCUCUAUGACCUCUACGAUCCUGACAGCCCUAGUGCAGCUGGGUCAGAUGAUGACGUAAGCAUGCCAACAAAAUCUGAAGGUGAUCUAAAAAUGAGCUUGCCUUCCAAGAAAUGCUCAUCUUCCCCCACUUCCUCCUUCCGUUCCAUGAAAGGCAGUACCAGCCUACCUCGAGAUUCCAAGAUCCCCAUUAGUGUGAGACAAACACCGCCAUCCCACUCUUCCAGUCAAGGAGCGCUCUCUUCCAAUCUUAGCCCCACUUCAAAAAGCCCCUCUAAAAAGACUGAUGCCCCACCACGCACUCGGAUCCCUGUCUCUAAGGUUCCUGUCCGUCGUACUGGCAACAAGAGUGCCCCCACCACACAAAGCAGGAAGUAGAGAACUCAGAGGCCCAUCAGAUGCUUUUGACUAUACAGGAAAAAAAUCACCAAGAGCUUUAGGCCAAAACAAAUUUUAAAAAAAAUAUAAUAUCAAGCAAUCAUCCACUAUAUUGAUUUCACUCAUUUACUAAGGAUUACAUCUUUGCUGGGGUUUUCUUCAUCAAAACUUCUUUUGUUGUGAAGUGUAGUAUAUUACACGUAAUGAAAUUAAGACAUUUGUAGAAUGCCCUACAAUACGUAACACAUGACAUUCUUAAUAAUGUGAUCCUGAGUUUGUUUUUAUACAGCUCACCAGCCAUUGGAAGAGGGAUAAUAUGGUGAGAUUGCUGAUUCUUUGAAGAAUGUUAUAUAUCAGUAAUUGUGGGAAUUUCUGGUUUAUUCGUCCCAUAAGCCCUUAGCACUGUGUAAAGCGCAGCUGCAAUCUUCAUCUCUCCAGGAUUGUUCAAAAUAUGAUUUGGAUGACUAUUCGAGAUGAAGCCAGGCCAAGCACUUCUUACACUCCAAACUAAGCUGCAUGGAGUCUUGUACACUCAAGCUGGAUCAGGGAACACAGCCUUUUGAUUGAGACUCUUUUGUAUCACACAACGUGACAUCCUGUUGAUAUAUAAAAAAAAAAUCUUUUUACUGAAUCUUCACAUUUCUUACUCUUUUAUAAAGGACAAGGACCUCCCUGCGACCUCACUGUGGAUAUGUGUGCACUGCUUGUUUUGUCUUUUGAGAAGCACAACUUGCAAAAAAAAAAAACUCUCGAUCGUGAGUAAAUCCCUCUUCUCACAGUGAUUUGUACUACUCCAACUAACCUGGACAUACUAAGCUGUAUUUUUCUGAAUGUAGCAUGUCAUCACUCUACACAAAGGUCUGUUUUAUUUUCCUGCUCACUGCUCCAUGAGACAGAGAGAGAGAUACAGAGAAGCCCAUAUGUAUCACAAAAUAACUGUCUUCCGCCAUGUUGCUGUUCUCCGGGACUCAUCUCCCAACAGCUUUUAGACUUGGAAUGGGCUUCCAUAUACACUGCAAAAAAUACUUUUCUUACUAGUAUUUUUUGUUUGCCAAUUUAAAUAUCUAAAUGUCCCUAAAACAACUUGUGAAGCAAAAUUGCAUUAGAUAUUAAGAUAUUAUUUUAGUUCAUAUAUUUUGAAUUACUUACUGUUCUUACCUCAUUGGCAAAUGUUUUUAUUUCUCUCUCUCUCUCUCUCUCUCUCUCUUCAUUUAAGCAUAAAUUUAACAACAUUCAGUGAGGUGUUUGCUUAAAAUAAUUGCCAGUGAAAUAAUAAAAAUGCUUAAUUCUUAAAUCUUAAUUCAAGAUAUAUUCUCUAAAAACAUCUCAAGUAAAUGUAUCUCAUUUUAAGGAUAUUUAGAUAUUUUUUUUUUUUCACAAAAAUAUAGAUCAAGACAGUGAGUUUUUGCAGUGGAAAGAGAUUUGUCAUCAUUUGAGCAUUGGGGUUGCUCCACAAUUGUCAAUAAAAUAUUUUUACAUUUUAAUGAAAAAUUUUUUUUUAAAUUGUUCAACACAGUUGUAAGACAUUUUCUCUCCAGAAGGCCCAUGACAUGGCUUCUCUCUUUUCUAUUAAAUUAAUUGCUACUUUUCUUUGAAUUGUUCUUUAUUUAAUGAAUAAAACUUAUGCUCUGUGUACAUCCAGGAAGUGUGAAUGAGUGCAUCAUUUUUCAAACGCUUAACAACAUGGCCAUCUGGGCAGUUUGCCCGGGCUCAGAUGUUAGCUGUUUUUAAUCGCAGAGACGUAAAGAGCAUCAUGGUUGUCCUUUUGCAGCCAGCCACAGUCUGCUGGGAUUUAAAUCCCGCUGGUUGGGCUCAGCUGCCAGCAUGAGGCUGAAUCCAGUUGACAAAGGAAGUGUUUACUGUGGGUUAUGGAGGAGAAUUAUUGGCAUCUUUUGUCAUGGAUUUGUUAUUGAUUUUGUUUUGGAGAAAAAGGUGAAAGAAAGAAAGAGCUUUUUUUAUUAAGGUUUUUUUUUAGGUUACAAAGUGGUAAUUACAAGGGUAUUAUGCUAUAAAUGUGGUUUAUGAGGACAUUUCUAGUGUCCCCAUAAUUCAAAUUGCUUAAAAAAACAUACUAAACUAUGUUUAUUUGAAAAUGUAAAAAUGCAGAAAGUUUUUUGUGAGGGUUAGAUUUAGGGGUAGUGUUAGGGUUAGGGGAUAGAAUCUAUAGUUCGUACAGUAUAGAAAUAAUUAUGUCUAUGGAGAGUCCUCAUAAGAAUAGCCACACUAACGUGUGUGUGAAGGGGGGAUUUGGUGCAGUCCCCACAGUAAUGGUGCAGCGAAAAACAUUCACUCCUGAUCAGCUCUCUCGCUGCAGUGUGGCUUCUUAUGUAAAAGCCUUAUGUAACACCAUAACCCUCUGAUAUCAGCCCUACACAUGACAAAACUGGUUGUGUGUGUGCGCGCGCGCGCGCGCGUGUGUGUGUGUGUGUGUGUGUGUGUGUGUGUUUAUUUGGGCGCAGAGUUAUUAACCAAAACGGUUUAAAGAAUUAGUUUUGCAUAUAACAUGACUGUACUGUAAUUGGGUCAGCCGUAUCUGGCAAUAUCCUUUAAAAUGUGUUUUAUACCUGUGUGUGUAUGGUAGCAGAAAAUUAGACAUUACUGCUGUAUGCAUAAGCAGUGCUAAGUGUGUGAGUGUAUAUGUGUGACUAAUGGUUUCUGCCCUAGUUUUCAAAGACCUGAUUCUGUGAACGAGAGACAGAAUAAGGGUCGCCGGGAGAGAAUGAGAGAAAACCAACAUGGUUUAUUUACAACAAACUUUGUUGCUUUAUUUUUAUUUUAUUUUAUUUAGAAGAUGCUUUUGUCCAAAAUGUAUAUUCAUACUAUUUUAUUUUUCAGUAUUGUGUUCCCUGGGAAUCAAACCCACAACAUUUGCAUUGCUAGCACCAUACGCUAAAACUUAGUUAUAAGAAAACAAUAUAUAUAUACAUUUAUAAUGGUACUGAGUGAUUAACAUAUUCAUAACCCAUGGUAUUUACUUGGUAUUCUAAGGUACUUCAAAAAAUACUAUGACACUGUGUUCAAAAAAUAUUUUAAUAGCAUUGUAUGUUUUUUUUAUUUAUUUAUUUUUAUUAAAAAGACAUUACAACCUUG